GAUAGCGCCACAAAGUGAGUGGCGUUUUACAACAUUGCUUCCGUAAACAAUAAUUUUUCAAUUGAACAAAACAAUAACUAACAAAAUGAGCGGCGAGAAGGCCGAAAAGGCCAAGAUCAGUGCCCAAAUAAAGCACGUGCCGAAGGACGCGCAGGUGAUCAUGUCCAUUCUGAAGGAGCUGAACAUCCAGGAGUACGAGCCGCGCGUGGUCAACCAGAUGCUGGAGUUCACCUUCCGCUACGUCACCUGCAUUCUGGACGACGCCAAGGUGUAUGCGAACCAUGCGCGCAAGAAGACCAUCGACAUGGACGACGUGCGCUUGGCCACCGAGAUGACGCUGGACAAGAGCUUCACCGGUCCGCCGGCCCGUCAUGUGUUGGCCAAGGUGGCCGACGUGCGUAACGCCAUGCCCCUGCCGCCCAUCAAGCCGCACUGCGGUCUGCGCCUGCCCCCCGAUCGCUACUGCCUCACCGGGGUCAACUACAAGCUGCGGGCCACAAAUCAGCCCAAGAAGAUGACCAAGUCGGCGGUGGAGGGACGUCCCCUGAAGACCGUCGUCAAGCCGGUCUCCAGUGCCAAUGGGCCGAAGAGAGCCCACUCGGUGGUGUCUAAGCAGCAGGUGGUGACCAUUCCCAAGCCCGUCAUCAAGUUCACCACAACGACCACCACGAAAACGGUGGCCAGCUCCAGCGGAUCGGGUGGCGGAGGAGGUCUGGAGGUGAAGAGCGAGCCCAGCGGCGUCGGGGGAGGAGACCUCAAAAUGGAGGUGGACAGCGAUGCGGCGGCCGUGGGCAGCAUCGCCAGCGGAUCGGGAUCAGGAGCGGGAAAUGCCAGCGGGGCAUCCUCCUCCGGCGUGGGAGUGGCCGUCAAGCGGGAGCGCGAGGAGGAGGAGUUUGAGUUUGUGGCCAACUAGCAAAUCGAACAGAGUAACCUAAAAUAUAUUUUCAAAUUCAGACCUAAA